UACGGAGCUACUAAGAUCGAAUGCCGAGCGUGGACUGUCUCGGCAAUGAUUUCAUAUCGUACAGCGCGUAAAGCGUUAUCCCGUCCUUUGUUGACAAACAUUGCAUUUUUAAGAUUUUCGUGCAUAGAUCGGAAAAAGGACGAAUAUUAUGUGAGAAGCAAAAAAUGUCCGAAUUUGAUGAUACAUUGUUGGAUGAAGAUUUGUUGAGUUUACCCUCGGUCAGUGAUUACGAAGAAACUUUGUAUAACCAUAGUAUUGAGGCCGUAAUAGAAUCUUAUCAACAUUCUGAUCAAGAGGAUUCGAUUGACGAGAUUUUAAAUAUAAAUCUACUUGAAGCUCUGAGAGAAUUGAAUGAAGAAAUUUGCAUGAAUAAUGCAGUUGCAAAACAAAAUAAUUUUAUCAAUCAUAAAAGAAAUCUUAUUGUUUAUGACAUAGAUUAUUAUGACGUUAAUCAUAAUCAAAAUUUUGAAUUAAAAAAAAAUGAAGAAAGUAUAAGAUUCAAAGAGUCUUCAAACAAUGUCAAAGAUUUGAGAAACAAAUUAAAAAAAUUAAAAAAGCAAAAAAAGCACAAAAAACAAAAACCAAGAACAGGGAAAUUAGAAACUAUUGCAACUACUGGAGAAAUAAAUGAGCAUUGCUCAAGUAAACAACCAAUAGUUUCUGAGUCUCAAGAACCAUCAGUAAUUGGCUCACCUGUUAAUACUCAAUCUCAGAGUCAAAAUUUGAAUCUUCCUAUAUCGGUUCAAAUAUCUGAAUCACAAAUCACCAAAUCCAAAAAAUGUAAUAAUUCUAGGUCAAAUUCAGUUGAUUUAAUAAUUCCGAGUGCGAAUGCUCCUUCCAAUGUAUUGGAAUCUUGCCUCCUUUAUUCAAAGUUUUUAACAAAUCAAGAAGGAAAUCAACCCAUCACAUAUGACUGUCAAAGUGAAAAAAAUUAUAGGGCUCAGAAUGCUUCACAGAAUUAUCAAAAUGGAUUAGUUCUUACAAAAGGAAAUGCUUCUUUUCAAGACAAUGUUUUAUCAGUUCCUCACAAUGACAUUUAUUCUGAGAAUAGAAAUAAUUUACCAGCAUGUCAAAACCAAACAACUUCUUUAUCAUUUUGUAAUUUGAAAUAUAGAGAUGAAUCACUUAUCUUGUCAAAGAAUCAAAGUAUUCAAUGCAAUGAAUUAACUGUUCCACUGUCACAGCAGUAUGCACUUUCAUCACAAAGUAUUGGCAUAAAUCCUGUAGGAAAUUUUUCAAUUCAAGAAACAAAUUGGUCUUACAGACAACCAACCAUCAAUCAAGAAUAUCUACCCUCAUCAUUUAACUUGACGUUUCAUCCUGAUAAUCAACAAAAGCAGAAUAAGGGUAUACAAAAUAUUCAAUUAAUUAAUAGACUUGGUCCAUCACCCUCUAAAACAACUGUACCAUCAUCAAUGAAUCAUCAAAAUUAUCCAUUUAAUAAUUCUCAUUUAAUGGAAAAUUCAGUACAGAGCAAAAGUAAUGAUGAUCAGUUACUUUUUGUGUUAGAUAAAUUAAAUCCCAGAAAUGAUUCACAAACAUCAUUUACAAGAAAUCAUAACUUUACACAAUAUCAAACUCAGAACAAAGACUUGAAUAAAGAUAGUAGAAUUUCUACGCAGAAGAAUGAUUAUGAAAAAAGCCUUUAUGUGAGCACCAAACGAGAUGAUCCGAUUACUUAUUUUUCUGAUAUUUGGCAAACUAAAAAGAAAACUGACAUCAACAAACCUGUAAUUCAGAAACAAUUAGAAAAUAAAACAAAAAUAGAUUUGAAAAAAAAUGAUCAAAAACUCAAGGUUAUUAAUAGUGCAAUUGUGACUAAACAAAAUAAAUUAAAACACACAUGCCCAAGGUCAGAUGAUAAAUCUAAAAAAAAUUCGCCGCCAACUAGUUUGAAAAAUAACACUACUAAAGUUAUUGGGAGCAUUCAUAAAAAGAAAGACAAAAAGUGUAGCACUGAAAAUACUUUAGAAAACAGUACCAAAAAGACUUCUAGAUCGGAGAUUACAAAAGAGCAAUCAAAAUUCAACAAUGACUUGAAAAAGAAACAAAAUGACGAAGAUAUUGCAAUUAUCUUUACCAUGGAUGAUGAUAUGCGAGAAUAUUGCAAAAAAAUAGAAGAGCAAAAAAAGCGUCGUCAAGAAUUUUUGGAAGAAAAAGAGAAAAAAAGGAAAUUAUUGGAAAAACUAAAAAUUUCAGAAGGUGGAAUUACCAAAGAUGUGUGAAUGUUUCAGUCAUUUUUUUCACAUGA